AUGCCCCUAAAAAGAACCCCACCAAAAACUGCAAUUGGUGCUGCAUUAGAUGUACACCCACUUCAGACACAACAUAGUCAAUCGGAUCCAGACUUAUGUUCUACUUAUAGCACCAACGCCAUAACAUCUAAACCAACUCAGAGAACAAAAAGAAAGAGGGACAGAUCGACAGAUCAAGCCGAUUUUGAUGAUUUUAAAAACACAAUCAUGGCCGUACUUAAAGACUUACAGACUACUAUAAGUGAAAUUAAAGAACAGAAUGUCAAACUCCAGGAGUCUGUGGAUUUUACGGCACAUAAAUAUGAUGAAAUUCUAACAAAAAUGAAACAAAUAGAAGAAGAUAGAAAAGUGGAUAAAACCUACAUACGAACGCUUGAAGAUAGAAUAGAUAAGUUAGAACAACAAAACCGCGCUAGCAGUAUUGAAAUUCGGAAUAUACCGAAGAAAAGUGGAGAAACUAAACAAGAUCUGAUAGACACUUUACAUGAAGUUUGUAAAAUUAUAAAACUACCGACACAGGAAAUAGUUGUCAAAGACAUAUUCAGAGUUAAUAAGAAAUCAAAUUCCUCGACGGUUAUUGUAGAUUUGAAUACAGUUAAUCAAAAAGAGACUAUUUUAAAACUUAUGAAGAAAUUUAACAAGGGAAACAGCAAUAAUAAACUUAACACUGAGCAAUUAAAAAUACAGGGUCCUAAAGUACCCAUUUACAUUUCAGAAAAUCUAUCACCUAAAACCAAACGCCUAUAUUUUUUAGCAAGAGAGUAUGCCGCCCAAGAAAAAUAUAAGUUCUGUUGGACGACCCACGGAAAAAUAUACUUAAGAAAGGAAGAAGGAGCACCACCUAAGAGAAUUAAUUCAGAGGAAGACUUCACUAUACUUAAAUUACAGAAGUGA